AGAACUUAUGCAAGCCGUACAUCACUACUGCCCUGUUAAUAACACUAAACCAAAAUGGCGCUGAGAUUUCUGGCGAUGCACAAAGAAGCCGGCCCAUACCCCAUGUAUGUGCUACUGUUGCUUUUAGCUGCGUAUUUAUUGAAUCAACUGGACCGAUACAUUUUAGCCGUCACAUCUCAGCCGAUGGCCCAAUCCAUAAAGUUUGGGGACAAGGGAUGCCUUGCUCUCAAUACUAGCUACACGAAGUACACCGAGUUUUGCGUGAAGAGUUUGGUUGACAAGGAACAGACUGAAAGAAAUGAGACUUGGUGUCGCCACAAAAAAACUGACAACCUGACAUUCUCAGUCUGCCGCUGGGACUAUGAUGGUACCGGUGAGGAAUACCAGAUCCUUGCUGGUCCUGCCUUUAUUGUCAUCUACACCUUCAGUGGAGUUAUUCUUGGCCUGUUUACUGGGACGUUCAAUCGCAAGAAUAUUCUGGUGUUUUGCUUGUUGCUCUGGAGUGGGAUGACGCUGUUGACAGGUUUCUCCACUACUUACUGGCAUUUGCUGGUCACGAGGUUCAUCCUCGGCAUAGGAGAGGCAGGCUGUACUCCUUUUGCAACAAGCCUUAUCGCUGAUUAUUUUCCUGAGUCAUUGCGCGGGACCGCCCUUGGGGUGUACAACUGGGGAAUCUACCUUGGCUACAGUAUGUCAUACGCUUUUGGGAACUACAUCACCAAAGCCGAUAUUGGUGGCAAAGGGUGGCGUUGGGUGUUCUGGAUUGCUGCUAUUCCUGGAUUUGUGGUUGGUGCAUUGAUAGUGUUCACAUUGAAGGAACCAGUAAAGGGAGAGCAGGCCCCUAUGCAGAAUUUAGUGAGCAAAUCUGCCGUCAUCAAACUCAAGCUUGUUCUGAUGCUAAAAACGUUCCGACGCCCAACCCUCCUCAUCCUCUUCCUUGCCGGGGCCAUCCGAAAUGCAGGCGGAUACGUCUGGGCAUACAACACCCAGCCCUACUUCAACAAGUAUUACCCGGAGACUGAUGUUGGCCGGUACAUGAGCUGGAUUCCUCUGGUAGCCGGUUCAUGUGGUGUUGUCCUGGGAGGUUUUAUAUCGGAUAGGCUGGUGAAGGACAGAGGACCGCAUGCCAGAAUCUGGGUUCUUGUUGGAAGCCAGAUCAUUGCCGCACCCUUUGCCGCCGGUGCGCUCUUUCUCCCCACCCCCUGGGCGUUCAUCAGUCUCCUCCCAUCCAACAUCAUCGGUGAAAUGUGGGUGGGCGUGACCCUAGCCGUUGUCGUGGAACUCGUCCCUAACACCAUCCGCACCGCUGCCAUUGCUGGCUAUCUCUUUAUCAUCACAAUCAUUGGCGGGAACAUCCCUCUGCUGGUCCCACCGCUUAAGAAGGUCACCAGUCUCCGCACCGCCCUCUAUAUACUCUACCCAGGGCUGUACGUAGUGAGCUCGGUGCUGUUUCUAUUGACUCUUUUUGUGCUGAAAAGGGAUAUUGCGAAGAAGGCUGUGGAAGAGGAUGUGAUCCAGCCUCUAUUGCCUGAUAACCCGAACUCAGAGAGCAAGAUGGUGUAGCGAGGAAGAGAUCAUUAUAUUGCUGUUAUUUGGAAACAUCCACCCAUAAUAAAAGUUGUCGUUUCUCUU